UCUAACUCGUGUCAGAACAUUUACUUUUUUUUCUUUUUCUUCUUUAAACGACCUUACUAUUUCACAAUGACAGAUUUUCCAAGCUUCACUUAUCAUGUUAAACCACUUCUUAGUGACCUUAUCAAUAAUGUUAUGAACUUUGACGAAUGGGUUACAGUGCUAAAGACUAAAAACUUUGGAAGCUUGAUUUUUUCAGUAAAAAACGCUUAUGUAUACUCUGAUCCACUUACGUCAGCGAUUAUUUUAUGUCUUGCUUUUGCUUUGUGGGUUUGGAUCUUAAGUACUAUUACCAGAAACUUUUCUCAGGUUGAUAGACUUUGGAGUAUUCUUCCUGUUAUUUUCACGUGGCAUUUUAUUCUUCAUGGAUGUUGGAAAUCAUCAUCAAUAAGUUUACCAAAUGAAAGUAUUUUUAACUCUUGUAAUUUGAAUGCACGUGGUGUUAUACUUUGCUUGCUUACUACAAUAUGGGGAGCACGCUUAACUUAUAAUUACGCACGUAAAGGUGGUUAUAAAUGGGAAAGUGAAGACUAUAGAUGGUCAAUUGUAAAAUACCGUAUCCAUUGGAUUAUAUUUGAAGUUCUAAAUAUAAUUUUUAUAUCGUUAUACCAAUGUUUUCUACUAUUGGCUAUGACAUUCCCGUCUUACGCUGUUUGGUAUUCUGCCCCUACUUCUUCAUUAAAUUUAUGGGAUUUAUUUGCUAGUAUAUUGUUUAUCGGAUUCCUUAUAGGAGAAAUUGUUUCCGAUAAUCAACAAUGGAGAUUUCAAAGUGAAAAAUAUAAAUUAAUCGCCAAAGCCAAUGAAAAUUUAAAAAGGACGGCGAUUUUUGAAGGGGAUUACUCUUUUGGAUUUAUUACUCGUGGUCUAUUCCGUUAUUCAAGACAUCCAAAUUACUUUUGUGAAAUGGGAAUUUGGUGGAGUUAUUACAUAUUUUCUAUCGCUGCCGCUUCUUCUAAAUCACAAUGGAUAUUAAAUUGGACGAUGAUUGGAACCUUGAGUUUGACUAUACUAUUUCAAAUUACUACUCAUUUAACUGAAACUAUUUCUAGAAAGAAAUAUCCGAUGUAUGAAUUGUAUAAAAAAAAUACCAGUAGAUUGAUUCCUUGGUUUCCUGGUAAAAAUAUUACUAAGAAGAAAAAAUAGGCCAUUAUUUGACACUUGAUGCUAUUUAUAGGAUAUACUAAAUAUGCUAAAACAUUACUAAAAAAAAAAAGAAAGAUCGUAAAUAAUUUUAUUUUAUGUUACAAGAUUAUUGUAUUAUUGGCUUAAAUGAUUUUAAUUAUAAUACAAUAAUAACAUAAUGCAUUAUUGUUUUUCAGUAAUAACUAUUACUAUUACUCCUUAAAAAAGAGUGCUUUAUAUUAAU